AGUCAUGACUAGCUGGCGCGGAUGCGCGAGUACAGGAGCCGCACACACCGGGACCACUGUUCGCUAGUAGUACCCUCACACAGAAAUAUACACGCACGUUCGCGCACUUGUUGGCGUGCGCGCCUAUGUUGAUAUGUACGUGCGUGUGUCUGUGUGUGAUAUGCCUGACUUGUCAAUUCUCAAGGAGCGACAACUUCACAAACACCACUUGUUUCGUCGUGGUAAGAAGUUGUGGUUUCGGAGGAAGAUGAAAAUGAAAUGAUUUAUAAGAUGAUGACGAGAUGGAAAGGAGAUGGUACCUGCUCCCUGUGACGAUUUCCUGUUGCUGCCCUUAUAUAUAGCUCCAGGUCCGUCCAGUUGCAGUAGGCAGAAAGCAUUUUCAGCUUUGACCUCCAUCUCACCUGUUUAGGACAGGUAUGUAGUCUUAUGGGGAAAUUUCAGAUUCCAAGGAAACUGGUUCCAGUCCAUAUUGAAACAAGAAUUAAUUCAUAGGAAGGCUUGUGGAAGAUUUAAAAAAAAAUUUUAAUUACCACCAUCAGGAGUGACUAAUUGAAUGAUUCAGAACCAUUUUAAUUCAUCAGAAAGAGUAAAAGACUGAGAGAUUAAAUGAUUGUCACUUGGGCAGAAAGUUGCCAACCAAAGGAUCACUAAUCUAUCUUUAUUUAAGAUAGUAGCAUUUGUUUAAGAUAAUAGUAUUGAAAGUAAUUUAGCUGCUAUUUCUUGUGGAUUGAGUGACUGCAUGGAGGCUCCUUUGGAUGCUGUUGUUGUCAUUGUUAUCAUCUGUGUCACCUCUACAUUAACUCAACCUAUGUUUAAAAAGCCUGACUGCAGAGUGUAAUGUUUAAUCAGGAACUGAGAAAAUAUACCCGAUUCUUCGACCAUUCUACGUAUCUCAUUGAAUUUCCACUGUUGUUAUUGUUGUUGUCAUUGUUGUUGCUACCUUUAUCAUUGUCAGCAUCUCUGCCCAAUUGUACGUGUGUCCACACUUCCUGCAGCUGUAUAACCAAAACUUAUGUUCCUCAAUUACCACAGAACAUCACAAGUAUCAUUUUUAAGGACUCUAAUUUUAGACUGACUAAGGAAUUCAUGGUGAAUAUUUCAAGCUUGUCUCUUGUUUCGCUGAAGUUUGAAAACACAUAUAUUUUCUCAUCUAAUAGUUCGGCUUUCGAAAAUUUUACAACACUAAGUAUUCUUGAAUUCUUUGUGUGUUAUUUUCAGCCCAGAAUUUUGUACACAGCCUUAGCCAAUGCUAAACAGCUGACCAAGUUAUACAUCAUUUCAGCAAAAAUUAAGGAGCUGUCUGAGUAUUUCUUUGAGAAUUUGCGUCAGACCCAGUUGACUCAUUUGUCUUUGAAACGCUGUGGUUUUGAUACUUUCAACGGCACACUGUUUUCAACUCUGAAAUACUUGCGGGAUUUAGACUUUUCUGAAAAUUUUGUCAAGACUGCCAUUUGGGGCAUUAAUCUGUCAUUGAACGUCUUGAAAAUUCCCCAUAGCAGUGUUCAGCAUUUGCCUGCUUUUGUUAGUUCCAGAGGUGAGUCUUACUAUCCAAAUUUAACACAUUUGGAAAUUGGUGUCGAAAGAAUUCCUCAUUUGAAUGAGACUACAUGCAAGGGACUGCAGCAUCUGCAACAUUUGUACAUUUGGUGCGAUCAAUUAGAAAAGAUCAAUUCCUUGUUCAACCCCAUUCAAAAUCUUCAAGCAUUUCAUCUUAGAGCUUCUUUAUUUAGCCAUCAGCCAAAACUUAGUAUUACAAGUUCAAAUUUUCGAAGCAAAACCCUUCAAAAUCUAACUCUGGAAAAUGUGCGUGUUUUUGCAGAUAGCCAGAUAGAUUUGUUUCACUAUUUUCCAAGCCUCAUCAACCUUCAGUUAAUUGGAACUGUUUUGUUAAGUGACCCUAUAUCAAUCAACCAAUCACUGGCCUUUCUUCCAAAUUUAGUUACUUUGCAAAUAAGUUUCUCCAAUCUGAAAAUCAUUCCAAAAGUUAUAUGCAACAUGGUUUACUUAACUUCUUUAAACUUGAAAGGCAACAGAAUCCUGUGGUGGAAUGAUACCGAUUGCUCCGUCAUGAAGAAACUAAACUUUCUCUCUUUCUCAGAAAACAGUAUAAGUAUUGUAGAGGAUAAAACCUUUUCCCCCUUACUUAUUGACAACAAAAAUCUCAGAUGGGAUUUGUCUGUUAACCCUUUCUUGUGUAUCUGUGAAAAUGCCUGGUUUAAGAGCUGGCUAGAAAAGAACCACCAACAGUUCUUAUACUAUCCUAAAGACUUCAAAUGUGAAACUCCAGCAGAACUGCGAGGUAAACGACUGUCAGAUAUCGACCUUGGAAACAACGUAUGUGGAGUCAGUGUUAUACCAUCAGUUGGGAUCACUAUUGGAAUUGUGUUGGGCUCACUGAUGUUUGUGUUUGUAGUGGUUGCCAGCAUCUCAUACUACAAGAGAUGGGCUUUGCGCUACAUCUGUUACUUGCUCAAGUCUCGCAAGAAGCAGGAAAGAAGCCAACAAGAUGAGAAAAGUUAUGUGUAUGAUGCAUUCAUCUGCUAUCAUAACAGUGACAGUAAAUACCUUCUGGAAAAGCUGCAACCAAAACUAGAAGUGGAAAAUAACUUUCAGUUGUGCAUCCAUGAUCGAGAUUUCAUUCCAGGAUGGGACAUUGUUGAUAAUAUUGUUGAAAGUAUUGAGAAGAGUCACAAGAUUGUGCUGCUUCUCUCAAACAACUUUGCCCUCAGCGAGUGGUGCCAGUUUGAAUCGACAAUGGCUCAGCAGCGACUCUUCGGUGAGAAAAAGAACACUUUGAUCCCAAUCCUUCUUGAACCAAUCAAAAUUAAAAAUCAAACAUCCCGGCUAACCAUUCUCUUGAAGGAAAAGACCUACCUAGAAUGGACAGAUGACAAAAAUGGUCAAAAGUUGUUUUGGGCACGUCUUUUAAAUACCAUGAGGGGUUCUUGAGUGUCGUUGAAACAUAACAAAAGAAUCAUAAGGAUUUAACCAUUUCUGUGCCAUUUUUGAUGGUGAAAUUUUCAAUGCAUAACAUUUUAAUGGUAACAAUUUAACACAGGACAUUAUAGCUGUGAUAAAGUCUAAUGUUUUUCUGACAUGUAAAUCUUUAAAAUCAUAGGUUGAUAAUGAAAACCAGUGGCAAAAGACCUCCACACCAAAUCUUAAUACAAA